CGGCCAGAGCGCACGUCCCGGCACCACCCCCGUAGCCGCUCUGCUAAAGCCUUCACCACCUCCAACGCCGCCGGCACAACAAACUCUCGGUGCCCUUGUGAUACUAUGUGCUUCUGAUCGCGCCGACAGCGGACGACCACUCUAAACGCGAGUCUGACUACGCUAAUUAGAAAUCGUCAACGGAAUCAGACAGUAGCAUAUCCGGCCCCGACCAGCGAUAAAAGUCUAUAAUGUGGUCGGGUGUGCGCCCACGGGGUGUGCGUAGAUUGUGUACUUAGUACGCACGAGUGGUGGGAGGUGGGUGACAGCAUGCGGGUGUACUGCAUGGUGUUGGCGGCGCUGACGCUGCGCUCGGCGGCCGAACCCGCGCCGCGCCGGUACGCAGCGGAGUGGCGCGGCGCGCGCGACCGCGAACUAGCGCACGCGCGGCCCCUGCACGACCUCUUCGACCCCGAGCCUGAGGCGGCGGCGCUAGCGCCCGCGCCGGUGCCAGCGCCGGCGCACCAGGUCCCGGCGUCUCUACCCCCUGGCGCUCUGCACAAAGAACGACGACGCAACCGAGCCUGGGCUAAACGUGCUCCGCGCCUCCCUUCGGAGAUCGCGAAUCAGAUGAUGUUACGAGCUUCGCGGUCCAGUCGACCUUACGAUGUACCCCAAAUUGAAUGCCCUCCGGCCGCAGACGGUAUGGAGCGCUUCGCGUGCCCCACGCCAGACCGGCAAGGCCGCUACCGCUGCAUCGACGAUCAUGUCCUCUGUGACGGCUUCAUCGACUGCCCCAACGGCGAGGACGAGGAUCGACAGGCCUGCAUGUUCUACAAGACGACCAAGGCGCACCUGGACGUGCUCGCGGACGCGCUGCUGCGGUGGGCGCGCGGCCGCUAAGCCCCCUCCCGGACCCUGACCCAGUGCUCCACACCCCACCACGUCUCCGACCUCAUCAUUAUAACCCUCGUUUAAAAAGCCAGUGUGCUCUUAUGAAUAGCUAACGCUGCGAUUAAUUUUCCGAAGUUCCGGACGCGACCAGCUGAUUACUCGUAGACGAGUUGAAAUGAACGUAAUGAAACAUAUCAAGUAGUGGUUCAGCCUAUGCCAAAAACAUGACCACUUAAAGUGUAGUGUGUAAGGACUCCGAGCGUGAACGGAUAAGACGAUUCUGUAGGAGAUGCGCGACAGUGCGUCGGUUGGAACGAGGAAGUGUUGCUCUGGUUUCGUCCCAAGUAACCUCUCCGCAGCAAUUUUACUUUCCCAUCGAUAUUUCGUACUUUCUAGCAUUUAUUAAACUAAAAUGUGAGACUGGUAGUCGACAUUGUUAGUCGGUAGAUCAUUAUAUUAUUAAUUAUAGAAUAGUUCUUCAUCUAACGAAACAUUGUUUGUCGAUUUGUUGGUGUAUGUAUUUACCUUUUUACUCUGUUAUUAGUUACAGCAUUCCACACUUUAUGAUGGUUGUAAUAUAGAUAAAAGCUCGUAAAAUGUAUAUAAUACGAAUACUAUAAAUGAUUUGUGUACUUAUUGAAUUGAUUUACUCUCGCGGCCUACACAUAACGAAGGAAGCUUGUCUGAGCCGCUAGUGCGCCUCGCGGCUCGCGCCAGAUCCGCACAUUCCAAGUUUUGUCAAAACGCUUAUGAUAUAAUAAUGUCACGGUAAACUUAAAUGAACUUCAUCUCGAAUAAGGCAGCUACUGUAUAUUGGUAUGUAAAACAUUAGUUUUUAAGAUGGCGUUUUAUUCAUUACAUUACUUUUAAGUACACAUAAAUUAUCCGAGUCAUUAAGUUAUACAUUUUUUUUUGUAUAUACUAUUCCA